AUGCUCUUCCUGUGGAACCUGUAUCUUCUUUUCUUGCCCUCACCUCUGUCACUUCAUGUCACUGCCUUCACUGGAGAGAGAGUCCAAAAAAGAGAGCAGCCAAACACUGACACAGCACCUCAUCAUCUCAUACAUUCCCCACGGAGACCUCGUGUGCCAGGGGAUCCUGUGUUUGCAGACGGGAAUGCAGACUUCCCGGGUCAUCCUCAGAGCUGGUCUUUAUUGUCAUCAGAGGAGUCAGAUAGACAAGGAGUGAUUGGUGAAUACACUGAUUUACUGGACAGCACUGAGGCCUCUCAUCUGUUUCCUGAUGAGAAAGGAUCUAUCACAUCCUUACUAAAAGAUAGGGCUUCAGGAGAUGCUCCCACUAAGGAGAAUAUACAACCAAUAAAUGCAACAGUGAGGUAUUUGCCAGCUGAAACCAGUACUGGAUCUGUACUACUCUCUACACAGAAUGGAGAGACUCAGCCAACUUUCCCCUCCUCACCGACAGAGACGUCAAACGGCCAUUUACCUUCUCUAUUGUCUGGUUCACUUCCAUCGAAGCAGAACCUCACUUUGCCAACAGCUGCUGGAUCUGAGCCCAGCCCUGAGCGAACAACUCCACAGGUAGCCACUGGAAUCUGGGAAUGGACCAUAAGCCCUUCUGUUGUCACAGCAGGACCUACACAGGAGGGGACGGCACCUUUGAGCGAGGCUGAGGCUGGGUUAAGUGGUGUUACGGAUUAUAAUUUACAAAAAGGAGCUGUCAGAACAAAGGCAAAUGAAGAUGGCCCUAAAGAUGAUGCAUCAAACACAGUUGAUACUCUGUUGUUUGAUGGCAGCGUGGACACAACUGUCACACCAUGCAAAAUAUCCAAUCAGUCCAUGACACCAACCUACCCAGAAGAUUUUGUUCCUGAGUCCCUUCGCCACUCCCUGGCCCUCACCUCCACCCUCUUUGUCCCUCUGUACACAGACUGGAACUCUGCUCUUGCCACAUGGGGAUUUGCAUGGGAGGCACACGUCUAUGGCCUCGGGGCUGUGUUCUCUGUAUUUGGCCUUAUCUCUGUGAUCUGCCUACUUGGCCUGCCCUUGCGAUGCCCAUCAGGAAGCCCCUACUUCACCUUGUUGCACUUGUUCCUCCUCGCUUUCGCAGGGAUUCAAGCUUUCUGUCUGCUCCAUGAUGCUUAUAAUCACCAAGAUCGCCUUCCUCCUCUGGUCUCUCUUCUACUGUAUGAGAUGCUCUUCCCCUGUUUGAUAUCAGCCUUCACUCUAGCAUUCUUCCUCCUGUCCUUUUGUUCACGUAAGCAUCUUUCAUUCCCACUUGCUAAUUCUACCUCAUUCUCAAUCUUACCCAAACCUUGCCUGUUAUUGUGUAUUACUCUGUUGCACAUUGGAGUGUCCCUUGGGUGUGUUGGCAUGCUCCAGCUCUUCCACAGCCUCCCCACCAUGAUCCUGCUCUUCCCUCAAGGUGUGUUUGUAUGUCUCUCUGUGUUUCUCUCAUUCUACUACAUCAUCUUCUUCUGCCUGAUACAAGUCGACACUAAGCACAUCUACAGGCUGAAUGACAACAUUGAGACUGGAGGUUCUCCUGAGAUGAUACGACCUGUAAGCAGCCCCUUUGCCAAAGAGGAGGACUGGGGAAGGGCAGCAGGAGCAGGACUAGGGGCCUCUUUGUGUUUAUUGGGGUGUGGAGGUUUCCAGCUCUACGGUAUCCUACACGGCCUUGGUUUGGGAGGUGUGGAUGGGUAUGGGUUUCAGCCUUGGCCCUGGUGGGGCUUCCAGGUAGGCUGCAGAAUCUGUGAGAUCGGGGUGUGUCUGGGUUUAUCCCUCAUCGGAACACACCCACUGUUUUGUCAGAAUAAAUCCCCUCUUAAGAACAUAACCCAUCCUCGGCCAGGAUCUUGGUCACGCCUGUCCUGCAGCUCCCCUUCCCGAAGACUCACCCUGCCCUCUGAGGGAGGUGCAAACUCCCCAGUCCUCUCUGCAAAUGAGUCAUGGUCCCAGGGUAAGCAGGAGAAUCUAGUGGUCUGUGAUGUGAAUACUAAGGGACAAUCGGAGGCUCUUCCCCUUUUCUCAAUGGCAGAGCCUUCUGGGAAUGGCCUGGACUGUGUCCCCAAGACCAGCCAAAUCCACAACACCAUAUUACCUCUACCUACACCACCAAGCCCACCGCACAAGCCUAAACCAGCAGCUGAGUCUCAGGUAUCCUCACUGGAUAGUCUUAGAUUGGAGACUGACUCUACUGGAGAUCUGCGGCCACCUUCUCCUAUAAACUUGUCGCGCAGCAUUGACCAGGCUCUGUUUAGUGAAUCUUUAUUCUCAAACAGCAUCUUUGGUAUGCCAAGACUAUUCCAGACUUCUUCAAGUGUCUCCUUGAGCUCUCCCAGCCAAGGUACAUCAAAGCCAGGGCCUAGUUCUGUAGAAAAUGCCCUGUACCGCACAUCUUCCUGUGGAGACGUUGACCAAGAGAACCUACCCCUUUCCAGACCUGCCCAACCACAUGGCUCUCACAGCAAGUCCCCAACAUCACCAGAACAAUGGGAUUGGAAAGGGAGUAUCUCAGGCUCAACACAGGGUCUGUGCAACAAUCCUAAAGAUACAGGAAAGUUGCGUUCAAACUCCUGGGCCAACAGAGGGCAAAACUUUGCGCAGAGUAGCCUCCCAAGAGCAAUCCCCCACCUCUCUUACCAUAGGCGGUACCGAACCUUGAGCCUGGCCUCCCAGGAUAGUCAGGGGUCUGGUCGGCUUGCGGGGACAAAACAGCUGAGUGAAAGCAAACAGCUGGAAUGGGAUCUAGCUGUUCAGGCAGAGUUUGUCAAUGUGUGCAAACAAAUUGAUGCCUUGAGUGUGUGCAGUGACACUAUUGAACUGUAA